AUGGUUGAAGCGUCUGACGAUCAGGGCGACACGAAAAAUACGAAGGGGAAACAACCGGAACGCGAUGAGAACCACGCGGCAGAGGAUGAGGAGACAAUCGAGGAGAGUGACAUUGAGGAAGAGGACGACGACGAGGGAGAGGAAGACGAGCCCAAGCUGAAAUAUGCGCGUUUGACAGCUCACCUGUUACCUGUGUAUCGGAAUGGAGACGCGACGAGUGCUUUCUUGGUCGCGGGCGAUAAGAUGUUCGUUGGCACACAUAAUGGCAACAUCCAUGCCAUGUCCCUCCCGUCUUUCAAAACGCUGCGAUUUUACCACGCCCACCAGGCAUCCACCUCCUGCAUCUCAAUAUCCCCCUUUCCUCCGCCUCUCCCGACUGCCCUCCCAGAAGGUGUUAGCAGAGUGGCAUCACAAGCGCAGACGCCGAAGAGGGCACCGCCUGUAAAGUCUGAUCCUGGCAGGAACAGUCCGUACACACCACCGGCCGAAGUUAUCCCGAAUAUUCCAUCCAACGCCGUAUACAUUGGAACAUCUUCCAUCGAUGGGACAGUAUGCGUACAGUCCCUGGUGGAUAUCAAAGAUGUGAAUGUGCGCAACUUUGCGAGGCCAGUCCAGGCUGUGGCAUUGUCGCCAGAUUAUAAAAACGACCGAGCAUACGUAUCUGGCGGUUUGGCUGGGAAUCUGAUUCUCACAGUAGGCGGCAGGGCUGGUUCGAUUUCAACAUCAACCACGACUGGGACUGCAGCAGCGACUGCUUCUGGGUGGUUGGGGGCAGUGGGUUUGGGAACAAAUACAGGAAAGGAUACCAUUCUUCACUCAGGCGAAGGGGCGAUAAGCACCAUCAAGUGGUCUUUAUCUGGUAAAUACGUUUCCUGGAUCAACGAGCAUGGCCUCAAGAUCAUGCGGUCAAACAUGCACCUGGAAAGCGCAGACGCUGAGUCUGCUUGGAAGAGGAUAGGCCAUGUUGACCGGCCUCAAGAUGAUGGCUGGGAAGAAAUGGCUGCUGUCUGGAAGGGCAGAGUCGAAUGGAUCGAUGAAAGGAGUCUUGAGACUGACGAAGACGACAAGGCGCGUGAGAGCUCGACAUCAUCACCAGCUACGUCAAAAUUGAAACAACAGGUCUCCAAGAGCAAUAUGCGUAUUGAGAAGCUCCUCGUUGGAUGGGGAGGCACGAUUUGGAUUAUCAAUGUGCACCCUGGCGGAGUUGGCAUUGGCAAAAAUGCUGGAGAGCGAUCAGUAGGGAGGCCUGAGAUUAUUAAAAUUUUACGUAUGGAUUGCAUUGUUUCUGGAUUGUCGUUAUAUACCCCAACUUUGCUUCUUGUACUUGCUUAUAUUACACCGGAUGAAGAGGAAGAUGAAGAGAAAGAACGCCCGAAAGGUCACAAAUCGAAAGCCUCCACAACAUCAACCAGUAGCGAGCCACGAGGUGGAAUCCGCCAUCGGCAGAACGCACUCUCACCAGAGCUCCGGCUCAUUGAUCUUAAUACAUCUCAAGAAGUUGACACUGACACUCUUACUGUGAGCCGCUUCGAAAGGCUGUCAGCUAGCGACUACCAUUUGGGUAUCUUGCUAGCUCCGCGUGCUACCCCGAUUGCCCAAACACCGCGUGGGACCUUGGAGACACUGACUGGGAUGGGAAGCGGGAUGUGGAAUGCUACAAUUAAUGCCACCGCACUCUUAAGCAGCUCCGCCGCAAGUACACACAGCAAGGGCAGCAAGGAUUCGGACUCGAAGCAAAGUGGGACGAGCAGUGCCCGAGGCUAUAUCGGCCAGCGUAACACCGCCGUUCAUCCCCAUCUCGCAGCACCAGGCAUUAAGAUCUUCAUUCAUAGUCCUUACGACUGUAUCCUGGCGACCAAGAGAGAACUUUCUGAUCACCUGUCAUGGCUCUUGGAACACCAGAAGAAUCAACAGGCUUGGGAAUUGAUUGAUGAGCACCCUGAAGUGAUCUCAUCCUCACCGGAAAAACUCGCCGAAAUUGGUCCUUCGACACCAGAUCGAGCGCAGGCGAGCAGUGAUGACUUUUAUGAUGAUGCAUCAACCGUCGAUUCUGCUAGCCGGUUGAUCUACUCAGCGGUGGAGAAAGAGAAACGUCGAGUUGGAGAACUCUGGAUACAGCAGCUCAUCAAAGCCAAUGACUGGGCGGCAGCUGGCAAGGUCUGUGGCAAGGUCCUGGGAACAGCGCAACAGUGGGAAGAACAUGUAUACAGCUUUGUUGCUGCGAACAAGUACGACGAGAUUACACCUUACAUCCCUACAAUACAGCUGCGGCCUCCUUUGAAAUCAGAGAUUUACGAAGCCAUCCUGGGCUUUUAUGUCGGCCGAAACCGACCAAGAGUGCGAGAACUUCUCGACCAAUGGCCACCGGACCUCUUCAACAUCAAGAGUGUAACUACUGUGCUUGAGAAUCAGCUCAACUACCGUGACGUGCGAGAAGACAGCGUCGAAGAUGGGCUAGUUGGCAGGGAUUGGCGUAUCGUUAUGGAGAGCUUAGGCAAGCUUCAUGUGGCGGCUGGGAAGCCGCGAGAGGCAUUGAAAUGCUACAUCAAACUCCAGGAUGCGGAUAUUGCAAUGACGUUGAUCAAAGAGUAUCAUCUUGUUGAUGCUGUUGCUGAUGAUAUCCCUGGUCUGAUCCUUCUUCGUGUUUCGAAAGAGCAAGAGCAGUCUGCCCCGAUUGAAGAGCUCAAGGAAGCAACAUCUGAAGCCAUCGCACUGCUUGUCAACGAAGCACAACAUGGCCUUGUCCGUCCUGAAGUAGUGGUGCAACAGCUUGAGGACAAGAAUAUGACGCUGUACAUCUUCUUUUAUCUCAGCUCGUUAUGGAAAGGGGAGAGUGCGGAGGGCCAUGCCAGCGAGAAUAUCCAACGGCUGAUUGAUGAAAGCCGUACUCUCGUGGAUGAAUUUGCAGAUUUAGCAGUUCAUCUUUUCGCCUCCUAUGACCGGGAAUUGCUCAUGGACUUCCUCACGAAGUCUACGCGCUAUACUUUCGAGAAGGCAACGCAAGAAUGCGAGGAACGUGACUUCAUUCCAGAAUUGGUCUUCCUGUUUUCCAAGACUGGCCAGGCGAAACGAGCUCUUUACCUUAUCAUCGGUCGACUCGCGGACGUCUCCCAAGCCAUCUCCUUUGCCAAAGAACAAAAUGACGAUGACCUCUGGGAAGACCUCCUCGAGUAUUCGAUGGACAAGCCCCGCUUCAUACGCGGCUUGCUCGAAGAGGUUGGCACGGCAAUAAACCCGAUCACGCUCGUUAGACGAAUACCAGAAGGCCUUGAGAUUGAAGGCUUGAGAGAAGGUCUUAGCCGCAUGAUUAAAGAACAUGAUUUACAACACAGCAUCAGCAAGGGCGUAGCAAAAGUGUUGAGAGGUGAGGUGGCAGUAGCACAGAAUACUCUCCGCUCCGGACAACGAAAAGGCGUCAAGUUUGAUGUUGUACACAAACCUGAAGAUCACGUCGAUGUAGCGGCCUCAGAUGUUCCCAGUACCAUCGACGGCGUUUGUACUUCGGACCUUGCGAAAGAUUUCGUGGCUCAAAAGCCCAAACAGGAUCCCAAACCUGGCCAUUGUGUCGGUUGUCGCGAGCCAUUCUCCGAAUAUGAGACCGAGACAUUGGUUGGUUUUGCAUGCGGCCAUGUCUUCCAUCUCUCGCAUUUACUCAGCUACCAGCAUGAAUCGAGACCAGUUACUCCGCCAGACGUGGAAUUAGACGAGAACGGAGAGUGGGCAAUGACGCACAGUGUUGGAGCGAAAGUCACGCAUGCCAGGCUGUUGCGUGAUAAAAUCAGAGACGGGUGUCCGGUGUGCGCUUCGAGCACUGUAUCAUAA